AUGGUAGAUCUGGAGUGUGGGGGGAACGCAAGGUGCCAGGGUCUGAUCUCUGCCUCACCCCCACACCUGCAGGUGUACUCCCUGGACGGGCCCCAGACCUUCCACAACUGCUUCAGCCCCUUCCGCUCCUUGGACAAGAACAAGCAGAUGGAGAUGCUGGCAGAGCAGAUUGCCACAUUGUGUGAAACCCUGAAGGAGUAUCCAGCCAUCCGCUACAGGAGGGGCCAUGAAGAUAACUUCCACCUGGCACACGCUGUGCUGGCCAAGCUCAACGCAUUCAAGGUAGACAACCCCAGCAUGGGCAAGGGCCCCGACAAAGCCCGUUCUCAGCUGCUGAUCGUGGACCGGAGCUUCGACCUGGUGUCCCCACUGCUGCACGAGCUCACCUACCAGGCCAUGGCCUACGACCUGCUCAGCAUCGAGAAAGACACCUACAAGUACGAGACGAUGGGCAUCAGCGACUCGCGGGAGAAAGUGGCGCUGCUGGACGAAGACGACGAACUCUGGGUGCAGCUACGCCACAUGCACAUCGCUGACGUCUCCAAGAAGGUGAUGGAGCUGCUGCGCACCUUCUGUGAGAGCAAGAGGCUGACCACGGACAAGGCCAACAUCGAGGACCUGUCCCAGAUCCUGAAGAAGAUGCCCCAGUACCACAAAGAGCUGAACAAGUACUCCACGCACCUGAACCUGGCCGAGCACUGCAUGCGGCACUUCAAAGGGACGGUGGAGAAGCUGUGCAGCGUGGAGCAGGACCUGGCCAUGGGAACGGACGUGGACGGGGAGAAGAUCAAGGACCCCAUGAAGAUCAUCGUGCCCGUCCUGCUGGACCCCAGCGUGCAGGCCUACGACAAGAUCCGCAUCAUCCUGCUCUACAUCUUCCUGAAGAAUGGUAACGCCACAGGCCCCGGGGGAGCACGGGGGGGCCUGCUGCUGCAGGGGGCAUUCCUGGAGGCAGGGCCCAGCACCCGCUUCGGGCAUUGGCACAAGAACAAGCCAGCGGCCGAGUACCGGACGGGCCCGCGCCUCAGCAUCUACGUGCUGGGUGGGCUGUCCAUGUCUGAGAUGCGCUGCGCCUACGAAGUGACCCCGGCCACCAAGGGCAAGUGGGAGGUGGUGAUCGGUUCCAGUCACAUCCUGACCCCCAAGCGCUUCCUGGAUGACGUCCAAACCCUCAACCAGCUAGACCCCGAGGAGGCCUAGAAGCAGCCCCCUCCCCCCAGAGACUCUGCCCCCCACAGCUUGCUGCCCCCAGCUCCACCUGCUCUUCUCAACAAGGCACCUUCCCCCCUACUCCUGGCUGCGGUGUC